AUGACGCGCGCGGACGCUCCGGGACCGAGCUCCGACGCGGACGCCUCCGCGGCUACCGAUCCGCGUCGCAUCCUCGUCGUCGGCGGCGGACGCGUCGGCGCUUACCUCGCUCGAGCGUUUCGUCGCGGUGAGACGGAUGAAGUCGUGUUGAAGAUGUCCAACAGAGGCGUGAUCGCUGGCGAGGACAACACGCGAGCGGCUGCGCGCGCGAUAGCGGCAGCGGCCGGUGCCACGGUCGUGCAAACGUACGAGGACGCGCGCGAGGUGAGGGAAAAAAACUUUGAUUUUGCAUUCAUCGCGGUGAAGACGUACGCGCUGAAGGCGGUGAAGCGCGAGAUGGACGAGGCUGGGAUCUCCGCGGAUGUCGUCGUGUUGGCGCACAACGGCAUCGUGCCGCCGAUGUUCGACGUGAACAAGUCCACGCGAGCGGUGAUGCCGCAGUCGUGGGACAUCGUGGAAACCCCUGGGGUAGGAUGCGGGUACGAAAUACACGUCAAGAACGAGGACAAACCGUGGGUGAUGCCGAACACGGCGAGCGGACGCGCGGCGCACGAUUUGUUAGCCGAGCGCGGCGUCCUGAGCGUCGCCACGGACGAGUUUGAGUACUUACUCCUGCGUAAAUAUUUCAUCAAUGGCGUCGCAAACUUGCUUGCCAUCGUCGGCGACUGCAACUGCGACGGUUUACUUCAAAACCAUCGCGAGCGCAUGGAUAAACUGUACGACGAAAUGUUUGAGAUUUUGCGUCAGCCGCACGCCGCCGGCUUCGCUCUCGCCCCUGAAAACUUUCGAGACGUAGUCUUCGAGGGUCUGGCGUCUUAUCGAGACCAUUUCCCUUCGACCAAGCUCGAUUUCGACGCCGGCGCCAAGCUCGAGAUCGACAGCCUCAACGGCUACGUCGUGCAGCUCGCCGAGGCCCAAGGCGUUCCGUGCGUCGAGCACGCGCGUCUCGUCGACGAAGUCCGAGCCUUGGUCGCCGCUCGCGACGCCGCGAAAGCGUAG